AUGUCAGAUGUGCGAUCGUUACUCCGCAGUGAACUGGCCUCCCGGAAGGGUUCAUCCCAGUCAUCACGGACUCCCCCGAACCGUGUGACGAAGAAGCGGAAGGUAGAUAAUGGCGAUGACCUGACACGCAAGAAGAUGAGACACGCGGUGGCGGCCGCGGAUCAGCAGUUAUCAGGCUCGCCUGCGGUCCAGCCGCCGAGUGCACAGGCCGUUGAUGAGGCAGGCGAUCAGGAACUGGAAGAAGUCGAACCCACAGCACAAGAGUUCCCCUCAGAACCAGUACAUCAAGUGGAGGCCGUCGUUAUGGGUGCCAUGUCUUCGGGCCCGCAAGAAACCCUUCAGAAUGAAUCCACGGAGAAUGCUCCGACCAUCGAUGAGGACGAAUGGGCUGCGUUCGAGCGAGAUGUCGUUGCGCCCACCAGAGUGCCACAACCUGCCGCUAUUGCAGCCGCUGCGACCAUUUCAGCAGCACCUAUGACAGCGGAAGAAAUUGCAGCACAGCAAGAGAAAGAUAGUCAGUCCAUGGUCCGCUCACGGGAGGCCGAGGCCGAAGGCGAACGGGAAGAUGCAGCACGGUUCCUCGAGGAUGAAUUUGACGAAAUGGAACAACUUGAAGAGCGUGUCCGUCGGCUCAAACAAAAGCGGGAAGAACUGAGAACAAGGCGUGCUCAGGAAGCCGCUGACGCAGAGGCCAUGGACCAGUCGACGGAGCAAAAUGAUCAUGCGAAAGACAACGAGGACGAAGAGGACGACGACGAUGACGAUGAUGAUGACUGGGACAACUGGAGAUUUCGGUAA